UCAGCCUGAAGCCUCUACUCAGCCUGAAUCCUCUACUCAGCCUGAUGCCUCUACUCGGCCUGAAGCCUGUACUCAUCCUGAUGCCUUUACCCAGCAUGAUGAACUGAUCCAGCCUGACGAUCCUAUUAGGCCUGAUGACCCGUGCCCGCUGUCUCUUGCCAGACGACUCGGUGCCUGCUGUUCCGCCAGUUGACUCGAUGCCCGCUGUUCCGCCAGACAACUCGGUGCCCGCAGUCUUGCCAGACGACUCGGUGCCCGCAGUCUUGCCAGACGACUCGGUGCCCACAGUCUUGCCAGACAACUCGGUGCCCGCUGUUCCGCCAGUUGACUCGAUGCCCGCUGUUCCGCCAGACGACUCGAUGCCCACUGUUCCGCCAGACGACUCGGUGCCCGCAGUCUUGCCAGACGACUCGGUGCCCGCAGUCUUGCCAGACGACUCGUGCCCGCAGUCUUGCCAGACGACUCGGUGCCCGUAGUCUUGCCAGACGACUCGAAGUCCGCUGUUCCGCCAGUGGACUCGGUGCCCGCAGUCUUGCCAGACGACUCGGUGCCCG